CUUGGUUUCGAUUUGAGGGUCUGAGCCGACACAAUGAAUGAGGAUUUAGCCGUGCGUAUGAACCAAAGAGAGUACACAAACUGGCUGAAAGCAGGACAGUGUUUGUACAUCCUGAAGGACGCCCUCCUUCCGUUCAUCGAUGAGCAGAUGCGAGCUUUUCACGCAGAUUUGCUCCGUAAACAGCCUCGUCUUCGGGAACUCUGUCAGAACUCAUGCCAGCCCAGGAGUAUAGAGCUCUCCCGCGCAUGCCGGCUGUGUUUAGAGUGGAAGUCUGAGAUCCUGAAGCAUCACGUGCAACGUGAUCCCACGCUAAACUGGGGCAACUGUACACCAUCUUCAUGGAGGACAGACCACUGGGAGCUGGCCAAGGCUUAUAUGCCACGAGGUCAGGGGCAUGUGACAGCUGCACAGCAGUGUGAUCCUUCUGCUCUGCUCAACCUCAUCAACUACUGUGACUGGUUUGCUUCGGUAAAUGUAAAGACAACGUUUGUGAGAGAGCUGAUCAAAUGCAGGAAUGAGUUAAUGCAUUCUUGCAACCUGGGUGUGACGGAUCAGUGGAUGAAAAACUUCAAAGAUGCCAUGAAGCGUUUCAUGCAGCUGUUCAGCCACGUAGCCUGCAUGGCACCAGCUGAAGAAAAGAUAAAUCGGAUGUUGGCUGCUGACCUGUCAAUAUUUGCGACUGGCUUGGAUGCUGAGGAUUCUCCUGACAUGGGCGCAUUAGUUAGUGAUUCUGUGAACAAUGGCAACAUCAGUCCUGACCUCAUCAGCCUGUGGGAGGCUGACUUGCUGCAGGAGAGGCUGCGCGAGCUGCGGCAUACCGCUGAAGAACAAACAAUGGACACGGAGCAGCUGAAGAUGCUGGAUGGCUUCCUGCAGGAAAAUAAAGAUCUGAGCGAGAGGUUUUCUGCUGAGCUGCAGGCCAUCGGCUCACUGGGGGCCUGAAACUGGAAGAGUUGAAAAGUUGAAUGAUGAGCAGCCAAGAUAUUUCCACCAAAGAUGAGGGAAUGUCUCAUUAGUUGAUUGGAAAGAAUUUCUACUUUUGGUGAUGCUUGUGUUUUCUAUGAUGUUGUUAAAUGAGGGAAUUAUUUUACACUUUCGGUAAUUCUGAUUAUGUCCACCACAGUAAUGUUUUUUUUAUAUAUAUUAUUAUUACUGAAAUUAUUGUGCUUUUCUCAAUUUGAAUACUGUAUUUGACCAUGACGUGUAUAAUUUUUAUACAACAAAAUGUUUUGUAACACCUAAAUGUCACAAUAGAGCAGUGGUCCUCAACCCCCGGGCCACGGCCCGGUACCGGGUCAUUUGGCACCGGGCCGCACAGAGAGAAAAAAAUCAUUUCCAUUCUUUCAUUUUUUUUGUUUUAUUUUGAAAAGUGGCUGGAUUGUCUCUGUUACAUCCGUCUCACUUGACGCAUGUCCAUUGUGCGUGUGCUAACUUUAUCUCAUGCCGCACAGACUGCUACUGUAUUUUUACCAUUUUUCUUUCACCUCAUAUUUGGUGUCAAAUGCUGAUACUACUGUAUGUGGGAAUGCAUAAAGGUAAGUUUUGAUGACUUAUUGAGUGCUAAUGUGCACAUUUCUCUCAAGUUAAUUCAUGCUAGCGCACUGCCUUUACCUUUAUCUCUCUGGAAAAACUUGGCUGGAACUUGAACUGGUGGAUGGUGGGUCGGCAUUCAUUUUGUGCUUUUAAUUUGAUGUUAUUCAUGUCUUUGCUUUACACAAUACAUAAAAAAUAAGAUAAAUUAGAUCGCUAUAAUGUACGAACCCCCCACCCGCCCCCGGUCCGUGGGAGAUUUGUGGGAACACAAGCCGGUCCGUGGGUCAAAAAAGGUUGGGGACCACUGCAAUAGACCAUCUUGAUAUUUUCUUAAAUAGAUAUCAUCCAAGGAUGCCAAAAACACUGUGGGACUUUGUCUUUCUUUGUUGCCACCUUCUGCAUUUUAAUGUCAUUUAAUUUUUACUGUUACAUGUAUGGCAACAAGAAAUGUUGGUCAUAGCACAAAUGUUAGGGAACUAGUUUUUGCUAUAGAAUAAACACAGGUAUGUACGACAGAGUAUCAGGGUCACGUUGGAAAAAACAAUCUGAAAUUGAAAAUAAAGUCGUAUUAUUACAAAAAUAAAAUCGAAAAUUUACGAGAAAAAAAGUUUUAAUAUUACGAGAAUAAAAUUGUAAAUUUACAAGAAAAAAAGGUAAAUUUAUGACCUUUUCCGAGAAAAAAAAACAUACAUUUACGGAAAAAAAAGUUGUAAAUUUCCGACUUUAUUCUCAUAUAUAUGACUUUUCUUCUCGGAAAUUUAUGAUUUUACUCUCGUAAUGUUCUGACUUUUUUUUCUCGAAAAUGGAUGUCUUUUUCUUGUCAAUUUACGACUUUAUUGUCAGAAUCUCAGAUUAUUUUUUUCCAAUGUCAGAAAUUUACGAGAAAAAAGUCCUACAUUUCUGAGAAGAAAAGUCAUGAAGAUAAGCAUAAAGUUGUAAAUGUGCAACUUUUUUUUUCUUGUAAUAUUCCGACCCCUUUUUCCCAUAAAUGUACAACUUUUUUCCUGAUGUGACACUAAUACUCAGUGAUACAUACCUUUUUUUUUUUCUAUAGCAAAACUUGUAAACUUGUAGGUAAACUUGUAAGUAUAUGAGAAAAAAAGUCUUAAUAUUUCAAGAAUAAAGUCGUAAACUUACGAGAAUAUAAUCGUAAUAAGAGAAAAUAGAGCAUCGCUCUUCAGGAAGGAGGGAAACUUUCCUCUUGCUUGAGGGAAGCUUUUAUUUAUAACGUGGCAGCAAAACAGAGCAGUUGAGCACAAACAGAUUAGCAUGGUUAGCCCUUCUCACUCCCGCCUUUCUUACCUCGUCUCCUCCACGUACCAAAGACAUAAGUCCCCGCUUUUCAUAGCUGUUUCAAGCAAUGGCUGUUAGAUAGUUACGAUGUUUUUCUCGUGAAUGUACGUCUUUAUUCUCGUACAUUUACGACUUUAUUCUUGUAAUAUUACAAGUUUUUCCUCGUAAAUGUACGACAUUUUCCCGUAAAUUUACAAGACAAAAUUUGUAAAUUUACGAGAAGGAAAUUCAUGAGCUACAAAGUCUUCUUGGCGUGGGUUGCGCCCUCAACACCAGCCCGUGAUACGGAUUGUGCCUGUUGGGAGAUUAUUCAAACCCGCAAUAAAAGCUUGUUGUCCAACGAUGGGUCUGACGCAUGUGUGUCUCACCAAGCAUUACAGUAACAUUGCUGACACCUUGUGACCAGGGUAGAAUACUACAGAUCAUCACAUCUUUGAUUGCUUCUUCCGAAUGCCUUAUAUUUGUAGUUUAAUUCAUUGAGACAUUUUUAUGCUUGGCGAUGCUUAAUUUUGAAAAAAAAACAAAAGUACAUAAAAUUUGUCUAAAUAUGCAUAUUUUUGACUAAUAAAAGGCCGUAUUCAACCGCAAAACAGCAUAAUUUAUUAAUUAAUUGCUGUUCCUUUAAUGCAGGGUGUCCAACGUAUAGCCCCAGAGCCAUACUUUCCCCACAAGUUGUUUUUUAUUGGCCCGCAGCACAUUGUAGAAGUAAAAUUAAACCCAAAAAACCCAACAAUUUGAAAAAAAGAGCAAAAAGGCCCAAUGUAAAGAGAAAAGGCUGAAAUGUUGAUACUAAUACCAAAUGCGUCUGUAUAUACAGGGAGCUACACUCCCCUUUGAUCUGAGGUGCUAAUGGAAGGAGAGGAUUAGACCACUACUCCUCCCAGUCUUAGUGUAAGGAACCAAUAGGAGGAGGGCGUUGGCACACCAAUUCCGCCCACUCUUACUGUAUUUAAGGCCUAGGUUACCAGCACUUGUUAGUUCGCUGACGAAGCUCUUCGGAUGAGGAGCGAAACGUCCGACACAUUCUUCACGGAAGUACAGAUGACGUCUCAAGAAGCCUUUCCCUCACUAAUACCAAAUAACACAAAAU